AUGGCUACUCGUAUUGCUCCCGCCAACCAUUCUCCUCUUGCAGAUGCAGAAGCUCUUCAUAAAGCUUUCAAAGGAUGGGGUACUGAUGAGAAGAGUGUGAUAACAAUACUUGGUCAUAGAAGUGUUUAUCAAAGACAACAAAUCAGAAAAACUUAUCAAGAAACAUACCAAGAGGAUCUCCUCAAACGCCUCGAAUCUGAAAUCUCUGGUGACUUCGAGAGAGCUGUGUACCGUUGGAUGCUGGAACCUGCUGAACGCGAUGCUGUUUUGGCCAAUGUUGCCAUCAAGGAUGGAAGCAAAGGUUACCAUGUUAUCAUUGAAAUUGUUAGUGUUCUUUCUCCUGAAGAAGUUUUGGCUUUGAGACGCGCGUAUCAUAAUCGAUACAAGCAUUCUUUGGAAGAAGAUGUAGCUGCUCAUACAACUGGCCAUCUUCGCCAGCUAUUGGUUGGAUUGGUGAGCUCAUUUAGAUAUGGUGGUGAUGAGAUCAAUCCGAAAUUGGCGAAAACCGAAGCUGAUAUUCUUCAUGAAUCAAUCAAGGAGAAAAAAGGUAAUUAUGAAGAAGCCAUAAGAAUCCUUACUACAAGGAGCAAAACUCAGCUUUUGGCAACUUUCAAUCGUUACAAAGAUGAUCAUGGCACUUCCAUAACUAAGAAACUUUUGGAUAAUGCAUCUGAUGACUUUCACAAAGCAUUGCACACCACAAUUCGAUGCAUCAGUGAUCAUAAGAAGUACUAUGAAAAGGUUUUGCGUAGCGCGCUGAAAAGGAUUGGAACCGACGAGGAUGAACUGACCCGUGUUGUGGUAACUCGAGCUGAGAAGGAUUUGAAGGACAUCAAAGAGGUGUAUUAUAAGAGAAACAGUGUUCAUCUUGAAGAUGCAAUUGCCAAGGAAAUUUCAGGGGACUAUAAGAAGUUCAUUCUUACCUUGUUGGGGAAGUAA